AUGGAACUAGAGAAUGAUACACGAAUUUCAGAAUUUCUUCUUCUGGGAUUUUCUGAGGAAUCAGAAUUGCAGCCCUUCCUGUUUGGGCUGUUCCUGUCCAUGUACCUGAUCACUGUGUUUGGAAACCUGCUCCUCAUCCUGGCCGUCAGCUCUGACUUCCAGCUCCACACCCCCAUGUACUUCUUCCUGGCCAACCUGUCCUUUGUAGACAUCUGUUCCACCUCCACCAUCAUCCCCAAGAUGCUGGUGAAUAUACAAACACAGAGAAAAGUCAUAACUUAUGAAAGCUGCAUCAUGCAGAUGUACUUUUUCAUACUUUUCAUAGUUUUGGACAACUUCCUCCUGACUGUGAUGGCCUAUGACCGCUUUGUGGCCAUCUGUCACCCCCUGCAUUACAUGGUCACCAUGAACCUUUGGUUCUGUGGACUGCUGGUUCUGGUGUCCUGGAUCAUGAGUGUCCUGCAUUCCUUGUUACAAACCUUAAUGGUGCUGCGGCUGUCCUUCUGUACAGUCUUGGAAAUCCCCCACUUUUUCUGUGAACUUUGUCANCUGUCCUUCUGUACAGUCUUGGAAAUCCCCCACUUUUUCUGUGAAAUUUGUCAGAUGAUCCAACUUGCCUGUUCUGACACCUUUCUUAAUAACAUGGUGAUGUACUUUGCAGAUAUCCUGCUGGGUGGUGGUGCUGUUGCUGGGAUUCUUUACUCUUACUUUAAGAUAGUUUCCUCCAUACCUGGGAUCUCAUCAGCUCAGGGCAAGUAUAAAUCAUUUUCCAUCUGUGCAUCUCACCUCUCAGUUGUCUCCUUAUUUUUUUGUACCAGCCUAGGAGUGUACCUUAGCUCUGCUGCUCCCCAGAGCUCCCACGCAAGUGCAGUGGCCUCGGUGAUGUACACGGUGGUCACGCCCAUGCUGAACCCCUUCAUCUACAGCCUGAGGAACAGAGACAUAAAGAGGGCUCUGAAAAGAAUCACUGGGGUUCCAAUGUAA